AUGGAACUCGGACCAACCACUGAGUCAUCGACUGGAACAACUACUGAGUCAUCGACUGGACCAACUACUGAGUCAGCUACUGCACCAACUACUGGACAGCCCAACAGUGGUGAUUGGUUACAAGAGUCAUGUGACAUACCAGCAGAUAGCCAGUGCACAAAAGGCUCACAACGUUUGCUGCUGAUUUCACUGGAUGGAUUUAGAGCGGAUUAUCUCCAGCGAAAUGUGACUCCUGUGAUUAGCAGGCUAACUCAGUGUGGAGUCCACACCCCUUACUUACGCUCUGUGUUUCCCACCAUGACGUUCCCUAACCAUUACAGUAUAGUUACAGGUUUGUAUCCCGAAUCAAGUGGCAUUGUGGGUAACACGAUGUAUGAUGAAGAGAUCGGGGAGCUGUUCAAACUGAGUAGUGACGAAAAGUUGAACCCAGCCUGGUGGAAAGGAGAACCUAUCUGGAUCACCGCAAAGAAACAAGGCAAGAAAACAGCUGCCUAUUUUUGGGUGGGAUCAGACGUUAACAUAUCAGGUAUUUACCCUGAUACGUGGCAUCUGUUUGAUUCCCGUGUGCCUUAUGACACCCGUAUUGACACUGUGCUGAACUGGACUUCAUCAACUGACCCUGACAAGCCUGACCUCAUGCUGACCUACUUCAAUGAACCUGACCAUAAGGGACAUGGUGUUGGACCAAAAGCUGAAGAGAUGGACGAAAUUCUCAAAUCUGUCGAUAGUUACAUUGGGAAGUUGAUGAAUGGCUUGACACAAAAGGGUCUCCACCAUUGUUUGAACAUUGUCAUUCUGGCAGAUCAUGGCAUGACUACCACUAGCUGUAGUCGUGAGGUCAAUUAUUCAUACUACACAGACACGAGGCGGUUUUAUACCCAGGGCGGAACUUACGGCCAUAUUAACACCCGACUGAUGAACAACUUCACGAGAUAUGAGACUGAACAAUCUGUCAGCAGUGUGGUAGAAGAUCUAGAAUGUAAGUCUGAGAGGAUGAAGGUUUUCACCAAAGAGACAGUCCCCAAACGACACCAUGUCCUCAACUCAAACAGGAUUGGUAACAUUCUGUUGGAAGUCGAGGACAGGUGGCUGCUUAAAAAUGGUCCCAGACGUAGCAGCUGUUUUCUGAGCGGAAAUCAUGGAUACGACAACAUUUACAAGAGCAUGCAGGGAUUGUUUUUGGCGUAUGGACCUGCAUUUAAACAACGCACAGAAGUGAAAACUUUUGAGAAUAUAGAGUUGUACAACCUGAUGUGUGAUGUCUUGGGUAUUCAACCUGCCCCUAACAACGGUACCCAGGGGUCUUUGGAUCAUCUUCUCCGCAACCCUCCCCAACCUCCAUCACAUCCCACAUCAGGGGCAGACAACUGUGUCCUUGUCAACAGGAUUCCGAAACCCCCUUGUAGGUGUGAUAAUCAGCUCUGGACUGGUGCUGCUACUGUUCCACCAAUCAAUGGUCCCCCUCUCCAAACUCCCGUUCCUGUUGCUAUGGCGAGUAGUGAUUCUUGUCACCUUAGCAAUGAGGCUAACUUCAGCGUCUUGUAUAGCCACACCCACAACAUGCCACUGUGGGCUUCCUUCAGUCUCACAGUACAGGACUCGUGGAAUCUGACCAAUGAAACCUUGUCUGAUGCACGUGGGUGUGUGCGAGAUGAUCCCAGAAUUCAGAGUCCUAUGAGCGAUGUGUGGUGUCAAAUAGAAGCAGAAAAUUUCACCAAAGGUUACUUAUUUGAACCAGUGUUUGCAACAUCUCCAGAGGCAUUUGACAAGUCUCAUUCCUCGUCUAAUAUCGCUCUCAUGAAACGAGGCUUUUCUGAAGGUGCCUGGAGCUUCUUGUUGAGUCUGAUGGUGGAUUACUCCCAUCAGUACGGCAGCUUCAGUGUGGUGACCGGGCCAGUCUGGGACAGAGACGCUGACGGACACGCAGACAAGCUCAGCAACGCAACACUGUACCUAAAUGCCAGUACCCCGGUACCCAUCCCCACCCAUUACUACAUCGUUAUGAUGAAGUGUUCUGACACCACAGAGAGGUCAUGUGACCAGGGGGGCGUGGACAUCGUAUCGUUUGUUCUCCCUCACGUAAACGUGAUACCCAAUUGCUUGGAACCAUUGGCAUACCUGAAGGACAAUGUGGUGAGAAUACGAGACAUUGAACUGCUAACAGGACUUCAGUUCUUCACUGAGCUGGAAUCAACAAUGGCCGCCCGGCUGAGGACCUUCCUGCCAGUUACAAUAUGGCCGACAACGCUUGAGCCAGUCCAUGUUCGAUGGAUGGAUUUACCCUGCGAGGUUCCUGCCAACCCACAGUGUCCAGGAAACUCAAAGCCAUUGUUGUUAAUCUCUGUGGAUGGAUUUAGAGCGGAUUAUCUCCAGCGAAAUGUGACUCCUGUGAUUAGCAGGCUAGCUCAGUGUGGAGUCCACACCCCUUACUUACGCUCUGUUUUUCCCACCAUGACGUUCCCUAACCAUUACAGUAUAGUUACAGGCUUGUAUCCUGAAUCACAUGGCAUUGUGGGUAAUACAAUGUAUGAUGAAGAAAUCGGGGAAUUGUUCAAACUGAGUAGUGAUGUAAAGUUGAACCCAGCCUGGUGGGAAGGAGAACCCAUUUGGAUCACAGCCAAGAAGCAAGGAAAAAAAACUGCAGCUUACUUUUGGGUGGGGUCGGAUGUCAAUAUAUCCGGAAUCUACCCUGAUGAGUGGCAUUUGUACAGUGGGAGCGUGAGCUACGACACCCGUGUAAAGCGCGUGCUAGACUGGGUGUCAUCCUCGGACUCAGACAAGCCUGACCUUAUGCUGACCUACUUUGAUGAGCCUGACCAUGAAGGACAUGGCAAAGGUCCUGAUGACCCUAAAAUAGAUGAAACUCUAAGAACAAUUGAUGAAUUCAUUGAGAUACUCAUGGAUGGUUUAGCCAUCAGGGGUCUCCAUCAGUGUGUCAAUAUUAUGCUUUUGGCUGAUCAUGGUAUGGCUGCAACUGACAGUAAAACUCGGGAAGUGGAUUAUGCUGAUUUCACGGACACACGUCGCUUUCUGACGGACGCGGGAACUUACGGUCACAUCAACACGAAAUUGAUGGCCAACUACACUCGAUACGCAACGGAACAGUCUGUCAGCAGUGUGGUAGAAGAUCUGGAAUGUAAGUCGGAGAUGAUGAAGGUUUUCACCAAAGAGACAGUCCCUAAACGACACCAUGUCCUCAACUCAAACAGGAUUGGUAACAUUCUAUUGGAGGUCGAGGACACUUGGCUGUUAAAUGAUGGCAAGAAAGGCAGAAGUGGACUGAAGGGUAACCAUGGUUACGAUAACAUCUACAAGAGCAUGGAGGCCCUGUUUAUAGCAUAUGGCCCUGCCUUCAAACAACAUCUGGGAACGCCACCAUUUGAGAACAUAGAGCUGUACAACCUGAUGUGUGAUGUCCUGGGCAUUAAUCCCGCCCCGAACAACGGCACUGAGGGUUCCCUCUAUCAUCUCCUCAGAAACCCUCCCCAACCGCCAUCACAGCCCACAUCAGGGGCAGCCAACUGUCUCCCUGUCAACAGGACUCCGGAUCCCCCAUGUAGUUGUGAAGAUCAGGUACCUGGAGUUGGCGGUGUGGCGGUUUCAUCCACAGAUCACCCCCCUCAGCAGCAUCCAGUCCCUGUCUCAUCUGCCAGGACCAGUUCCUGUAAAUUGACCAACACUGACUAUGAUGUCUUUUACGGAGACUCGGAUAGUGUUCCUUACUGGGCAUCAUUUAUCUUGUCUCUUGACAACUCUAGGAACAUAACUUCAGGGAAUAUUUCUGCUGUUCGUGGUUGUAUUCGUGAUGAUGGAAGGGUGAUAGGAAACACGAGUAACAUCUGGUGUCAAGAACAACAGGAUUUAAGACCCGGCUACCUGUUUGAGCCUUAUUUUUCCUCCUCACUGCAGUCAUUGCCAGAAUCCCAGAAGACAACCAACAUUGUGCCAAUGCAUGAUGGAUUUUUACGAGGAGCCUGGAGCUUCUUGUUGAGUCUGAUGGUGGAUUACUCCCAUCAGUACGGCAGCCUCAGUGUGGUGACCGGGCCAAUCUGGGACAGAGACGCUGACGGACACGCAGACAAUCUCAACAACGCAGCACCCUACCUGGAUGGAGAAGAUAAGGUACCCAUCCCCACCCAUUACUACAUCGUUAUGAUGAAGUGUUCUGACGCCACAGAGACGUCAUGUGAUCAGGGGGGCGUGGACAUCGUAUCAUUUGUCCUCCCUCACCUAAACACGAUACCUAAUUGCAUGGAGCCGUUGGCAUACCUGAAGGACAAUGUGGUGAGAAUACGAGACAUUGAACUGCUAACAGGACUUCAGUUCUUCACUGAGCUGGAAUCAACAAUGGCCGCCCGGCUGAGGACCUUCCUGCCAGUUACAAUAUGGCCGACAUCAUUGGAGCCAACAAACUGGAUUGAUUUGCCAUGUCCAGAAGUUAAAGAUGCUAGUUGUCCUCCUGGUACACCUCCACUGAUUCUUAUUGGCUUGGACGGGUUUGGAGCUGACCUUCUGAAGAGGAACGUAACCCCGGUGGUACAACGACUGGGCCAAUGUGGGGUUCACGCACCUUACAUGAGACCUGUCUACCCCACGCUGACAUUCCCCAACAUGUACUCCAUUGUCACAGGCCUGUAUCCUGAGUCACAUGGUAUCGUCGCCAACUCGAUGUACGACAAAGUUUUAGAUGAGCGUUUCUCCAUCAGAACAUCAGGAAGAUCUGACCCUGCCUGGUGGGGUGGGGAACCAAUUUGGAACUCAGCUGUUAAACAGGGGAAGACGGCAAACUGUUACUUCUGGACAGGAAGUGAUAUCAGAAUACAAGGUAUGCUGCCAAACGUGUCUUUUCCAUAUUCCAACAGUGUUUCCUAUGAAGAGCGAGUGUCGACAGUGCUGAAGUGGCUAGACUUACCAGAACAAGAGCGACCAGACUUUAUCAGUCUGUACUUCCAUGAGCCAGACUACACCAUUCACAGGCAAGGAACAGAUUCUGUAAAGACGGAUGAAGCCCUGAAGCUAGUAGACAGCAUGGUGGGACGGCUGAUGGACGGACUGGUGCGGAGAAACCUACAGACUUGUGUUAAUAUCAUUGUUGUGGCAGAUCACGGUAUGGUGGACACAUCUUGUGAGCAACAGGUGAAGCUAAAAGAUUACCUGGAAAGAACAAAGAUGAACCAGGUGUAUAUUUAUAACGGAGCUGAUGGACAACUGGCAACCUCCUACAGAUAUGAGAACAAAAGCAUUGUCCCCAACACACCACCAGAAUCCACUGAGGAGUACCUGGAGAUGUUGCAAUGUAUUAAUGAGUCUCACCUGAGAGUUGUGGAUAAGAAGUACUCUCCAGUGCGGAACCACUAUAGGAACAAUGAUAGAAUACCUGAGAUAUUGCUCCAAUCGGAUCCGGGCUGGCUGGUCAGCAGAUUUGGAUAUAGUUGUAAAGGGGCCAGCCAUGGCUGGGAUAAUCGUUUUUCUCAACUUGGGAGUUUAUUUGUUGCCCAAGGACCAUCGUUCAAAAACCAGCUAGAAAUUGAACCGUUUGAGAGCAUUGAACUCUACAAUCUCAUGUCAGAGUUGUUGGGCAUCACACCAGCUCCUAACAAUGGAACCCCUGGGGCCUUGAACCACGUCCUCAAGUCCAGCAGACCCAUACAGGGGUUCACUCCACGGACCACACCUGGAGUUUGCUCCUUUUCCUGGGGUGAUUCUAACAGGACCAGGGCACUCAGCUGUUCCUGUAACAACAGCCAGGCAGAUAAUCGCCAGAUACAGACCCUGAGCAGUGUGAACACAUCACAGGCAGCUGAUGUCGAGUAUGGGCCGCCACAAAUUGUCUCCCUUGGAGAACAGAAUCUCUGCUAUUUGCAACAGGACGUCUUCACAACAGGUUUUAACAUGGAGCUGCAUCACCCCUGGUGGAUUUUCUUCCUUCUGUCUUCAGCCACGUCACCUCCAGAUGAUACAGCCAGUGAGGCAGACUGUGUACUGGAUGACCCCAGAGUUCCUCUUCCAGCAGAGUUCACCUGUUCAACGACCACCCCUAAUCUAACCUUGACCUCACUUCUUCCUCAAGGUUUCAUUGGGAACUACUCAAAGCUUUCAACUGCUUCGGUGUUGAUGUACCGCGGUUUUAAAACAGGAAUAUGGUCUAGACUAUUAGCAAUGGUACAGAAGUGGGCAGGCUUUCCGUUACCCAUUUCCGUGACAACAGGACCAAUCUUUGAUAACAACAGUGAUGGCUUGGCAGACACACCUCAACAAAUCAGAAAUUCAACUGAUGCUCAAGAGGAAGAACUUCCGCUAGCCACUCAUUUUUACCUGUCAUUAGUGAGGUGUGAGAAGUUAGUUACUGGCAGCUGUGAAAAGUAUGGAGUUUUGUCAUUCGUCUUACCUCAUCUAGAUCACAUACCAGAUUGUUGGGACUCUACGGGCUAUUUGCUUGACAAUGUGGUUCGGAUUCGGGACAUCGAACUGUUAACAGGUUUACAAUUUCUCACACAAACAAUACCGCCUGAAAGAGCCUUGAAACUCCGUCUGUAUUUGCCAACAGCAUUGUGGAAUUCAACUUAAUCCAUUCCAGUCGUCAAUAAUCAAAAUACGAAAACAAAGUACUUAACAAUACGUGUAUAGUCAGCAUGUUUAACAGAUUUCGUAUCAUAUUUUUAUCUUUUGGAAUUGAUAAAUACAGACCUAUAUUUUGUA